AUGGGAACAAAUAAACAAUUAAAUCGUAGCUUUAAACUUACAUCUCUUACAUUCGAUCAAUUAUUGUAAUAAUAUACUUCUAUUGGAUUCAAAAAGGCACACAUUCUUAAAGCAUGGUAAUAAUGUGGAUUCAAUUAAUAAACAUUCCAUGAUGAACUAAUUAAAAUUAGGUAAUCAUAAAAUCUAUUUAUACUUUUAGUGAAUAAGAAAAUGCUUAGAUUAUGAAUGAAGAUGAUUUAUUCAAUUCACAAAUGUAACUCAAAUUACAACUUCAAUAAAUUGAAUAGUAAGAUUUAAAAAUUGCUAUGCAACUUUCCUUGGAUUAAAAUGCUGAGUAUUAUAUAUUCCCUAAUAUUCAUAGGUAAAAACCAAUUAUUUAAAGUGAAAGAUCCAAUAAAACUAUUCCUGUGGGACUUAAAAAUCUAGGCAAUAGUAUAAAUCUUUUAAAUUUAUUACUUUUUAGCUUGUUACAUGAAUGCCAUGUUACAGAGUCUUUUCAAUGUCUUACCAUUUAGAAAAUUGAUUUUAGAACUAGACUUAAAUAAAAACACUCAAUCCGCUGUUUCUAAUUUUCUAUUACAAUUAUAAUAGCUCUUUCUCAUGUUAUAAGAAUCCAAUCAAUCAUAUACAAAUCCUUAUAAUUUAUUGGAUGGUCUUUAAAAAUUUAAGCCAAGUGCUAUGUUUAUAAGAGGAGUCUAAAAUGAUUUUAACGAACUCUAAAAUUCUUUUUUAGAUGCUAUUGAAUAAGCAUUUAAAGAAGAAAACUUUGAAUAGGAAAAAAAACUAUUUUGUGAUAUAUUCUAUGGGUAAGCUAAAGAAAUUCUAAGUUAUAAAGAGAAUGAUAAGGAAAUAUUAAAAAUUAAUGAUACUAUUUUCGGAUCUAUUAGUAUAGAAGCUUCAGAUAAAGAUUUAGAAAAAGGUUUCAUUAAUACAAGAGUUCUUAUUAUUGAUGAAUACGAAACUGAUGGCAAAGAAAAAACUAAAGCUAAAAUAGAUCAAAAUAUUUUGUAAGCCCCAUUUUUAAUUUCAUUUUAUAUAAAUCGAGUUUAUUAUGAUGCUAAAUAAAAGUAAGUAUGUAAAAAUAAUACUUAAUUUAAUUUCAAUUCAUCUUUAAAUAUCAAUUAAUUCAAAACUAUAAAUGAGGGUUAAAAAAAUUUAGAAUUAUAACAAUUAGAUUAGGAGGAAUAAAGAAUCUUAGAUUAAUUAAAGAGUCUUGGAGAUACAAAAGAGGAGAUACAAGAUAAAUUUAAUAAAGUAAUUAAAUUGUUCAAAAGAAAUGAAGGUUAAAUUGAUAAUUUGGUUACGAUUGAUGGAUUUUGUAUAUGUGAUGAAAGCACAGCAAAUCCAAACAUUAUCUCAAGUGACAAGAUGUUAUUCUAAUUAGAAUCAUACAAAGAGAAAUUGAUGAAUACUGCUUAAUUAUUAACUGAUUAAUUAGAAAGAAUAUAAGAGUAGAAGAAAAAGUUAUUAAAGUCAGAUUAAAAUAUUUAUUUAUUAACUGCAGUUUUAAUGCAUGAUGGAUCAGCUACUAGUGGACAUUAUUAUUGUUAUGUAUUAGACAAGAACGAUUUAACAACUUGGUGGAAGUGUAAUGACAGUACAGUUACAAAAGUAGAUUUUGCUUAAGUUUAUAAAGAUGCAUCUGGAUCUGUUAGAGUAAAUUCAAAUGUUUCUGGUUUGAUUUAUGAAUAAGAAUAAUGGUUAAAAGUAGAUAAGAUCUAAAUAAAUCCAAAGCUAAUGGCAGUGUUGUAGGAAGAUAAAGAUAAACAAUUAAAAGCUUAAGAUGAAUAAAAGGUGUUGAAUAGAAAAGCUAUAGUUAUGUAAUAAUUAUAAGAAUAGAAAAAUAAAGUUAUGAAAUAUAAGGAUUCAUUAGAGAGAGAAUUUGAACGAUUUAGUAAUUUUGAUUACUUCUUAAAUUCACUUAAUCCAAAUGUUUACUAAUAUUAUAUGACAACAAAGAUUGUGCAAUAAGAUAUAAUGUUAAUUAAAGAUUAACUCAAUAAACCUUAAGAUGUAAAUUACUAUAUAUAGUAUUUCCUAAAAUAAACUAAUUUAAUUACAACCAAUUAUGAUGAUGAGUUGAAGAGAUUAUAAAAUGAAUAUCAAAUGGUAAAUUAAUGCUUAUAAUAAUUACCAUUGAGAAAUAUUACAAAUCAAAAUUACACUGAGAUUAUAAGAUAUUAUUACACCAUAUUGAAAUCAUUAGGAGAAAUAAAAUCAUGUUCUACAACUGUAAAUCAUUUACGAAAAAUAUACGAAGUAUUGUUGCUAAAGGGAUGCUUUUUUGUUGAUCUAUCUCUAUAAACCAACAACAUUCCUACAUGUAUAGAGAUUAGUUAAUGUCUUUUGGUUUAAAUCAAUUAAAAUUAAUAUGUUGAUAAAUUAAUAUUCUAAUAAAUACUAGCCAAUCUAAAAAUAUCCAGUGAUUAAGCAAAAUUAAUAACAAAAAAGGUAGAAAUUGGGGAUGAAAUCAUUAAAUUCUAAAAUAAAGAAGAAUAGUGUAUACAAUUGAAGAAAUUAGAAUUUAAGUCAUUAGAAUCAGAAAUACCAUAAAUCUAAAGAUUGAGGAAUGAUGUUCUAAAAGUAACUUUAUAAUAAUAUAAUAUAGCUUUGGAUUAAUUAAUAUGAAAAGAUAAAAAAAGAACAGAGACUUUUGGAUUAGAAUGAGAGAUAGAAUUCAGAGGUUUUACUUUAUUUUGGAUGAUCAUUAUUUACAUUAACAUAUUAC